AUGGUGCUAAAGCGUGUGACCUAUACCAGGCCAUCGGGGCAAGAGCCAAAUUCUGGGCGCAACAUCUUCCUGACAUACGCUUCCUUUCAUUUCCUCUUCUUUCAUACUCUACUCUACUCUACUCCAGUACUCCACUCUACUCACCGCAACCACCACAACCACCGCCUCCACCACCCCAAUUCUGGGUUUCAAAACCAUGAAAAAAAGCAGAAAAAACCCACCGGAAAAUCCGGGAACAACACCCGUAAACCCCACCUUAAACCACCUCAAGGACACGUGGCAUUCCGCCUACUUUCUCCCAUACAAGCCGGCAGCGCCGUCAUUGGGCACGGCAGUGCCAUGUCCCAGAAGAUUACACGUGAAACUGGUCUCUCCUUACUUCACGUGGAAGACCCACUUUCUGGGUGCGACGAGCGUAUUGUCAACAUCGUCGGACCCAGAAACUUGGAUAAGACACUAAUUUUGAGGGAUGGUAAUGGUAGUGGAAGAGAGAGAAAAUUCGAGGUUUCGUCGGCGCAAUUGGCGGUGUUUAGGGUUUGGGAGAUUCUUGAAGAGAAUACGGCGGAGGGUUACCGGUGUUGCCGGUUGUUGACGGUGAAGGGAGAAGAGAAGAUUAAGUCGUUGGUUGGAAUUGUGGGUGUAACUAUUAGGGUAUUGCCUUUGGAUGAGCAUCCUCUUUGUGCUGAUAUUUCUGAUGAUUUGAUUCAGAUUACAGGUGAUUCCCUGGCAGUAAGAAAGGCGCUGCUUGCUGUUACAUAUUGUCUUCAAGGAAACAGUUCAAGAGCUAUAAGUCAAUUUCGUGGUUCAGUUUCCGAUGGGGUAUCACAUGAUCUGCAUGCACAGAAACAUCUAAGCAUUGAUACAGAUGCUGGAGAUAGGGGUCUAAGUUGUGUGGCUGCAGGGACCAAAGAAGUGGCUUUCAGGCUGCUUUGCCCCACUUAUGCGGCUGAUGGUUUGAUUGAAUGGGGAGGGAGCAUAAUGAAAGCCUUAAAAAGGGAAACAGGAACUCGUAUAGAAGUGAUAGACCCAGUAGUGGGUAGUGAUGAGUGUGUUAUCAUGGUGUCUGCUAUGGAGCACCUUGUUGUUUCAAUAUGCCGAAAUGAUAGAACAAGGAAUGUCAGUAUUCCCCAGCCCAAGAAGCCACUCCGUGUUUUUACAAGAUCAGUGGAAGCUGCCUCAGGAUCUGGGCAUGUAGGUCAGAAUAGAGGAGACUCUGUGACUGCAAAACUCCUGAUUCCAUGUAGUCAAGUAAACAUGUUGGAUAUGGAAGAUACUGCUGGUGCUGAAGUGCAGAUAUUAGACAGUCAUUGUACUUCUGCUGCUUUGGUGGGUAAGAAAAUUAUACAGAUAGUUGGCGAGUUUUCUGAUGUGCAUACUUGUCUGCUUCAAGUCACAUGGACACUGAGGGAAAGCAUAUUUUCCAGCAGAGCGAUAUUUACACCUCUUCUACCACACAUGCUUUACGAUGUUUAUGGUCGGCCUCCUCAUGUCCAGGCAACCACUACCUUGUCAAAUGAAGAUAAGCGUGCGAUUUCUUAUGAUACAGACAUUUCAUCACCCACAGUUCAGUCAUCUGAGUGUUCAUUUGGACAUUCUCAGGCUACAUUUAAGAAAAAUCGAGGUGAUUUUAUGGCAUCUUGCAGCACAGAACUUGUCAGCAACUGCUUGAAGUGGGCUUUUGAUGAUUUGAUGUUAAUUGCUGCUAACUGCUUGUGCAGUGGGGAUGAGUGUUCUGUCAUCAGAAAUACGGAAGUUGAAAUUGUGGUUCCUGCUCAUGUAUUUGGUCUUGUGUAUGGUGAAGGUGGUGUUAAUCUGUCUCGUCUGAAACAGAUUUCAGGUGCAACUGUCAUUGUUCAUGAUCCUUCUCCUGGAACCGAUGGUAAGGUUAUCAUAUGCGGGACCCCUAAUCAAACCCUGGCAGCAAAGAGCAUGCUUUAUGGCUUUAUAAUGAGCAACCGUGAUUGUGUGAUCAUUAAGUAAAAGGCCUUUCAUGCUUGUUACAAAAUCUACAAUAUUUUGUGUAUGUAAUGUGGAUGGCUCCUGUAUAUGUUAGCAGCAAAGUGAUUCGGAAGUUGCAAGUCAAAUUUUCAUAAGUGGGAAUGGGAUGCUUGCUUAAACAACCAGGGGUGGUUAGUACAUCAUGAUCUCUGGGUGAAAGUAAUGUAAAAUUUGGUUAGUUAGGAAUGAAUGUAAGAAUAUUGAUAUUAGGAAACACAUUUUAUAGUUUCGAAUUCUCAUGUAACUAUGAAGUAUCUAUAGGUCCUAUUGCAUUUUAGGUUUUCAUUGUUUGACAUUAUUUAUUCUUUUCUCGUGUCAAUAUUGAUAUGAGCAUCAAUACAAGUUUG